UACCACUGCGUGUGCUAGCUUGUACUUCCGUUUGGCCGUUUAGUGACAGAUUUUGUAGUGGUUCUCGACCAAAUAAUUUAUGCAUUGACAUGAAGUGGCUCAGCCUCUUCAUCUUUUGCAUAACUCUCAUUAUUGUGACAAUCACUUUGGUCGAUGCUCAGAAGAAGACUAACCAAAAACCAAACACCAAAAGGGUCCAGAAAAAUGGCAACGCGAAAAGUGUGAACACCGCUGCAAAGCUUAAUAAUGUGAACGGCGUUGCAAAAGCUUCUAACAAGCGCACAACAAAGAAGCCAACUACCAAAAGACGAAAAAAAACCACCACCAAACCAACAACAAAAAGGCGAAGAAUGAGCACAGCAUCAGCAAUGACAACAGUAUUUGACGAAAAUGCUCCUGAUAUUGAGGCUGGAUCCGAUUGCUAUGAUGCCUGCUACCCUAAUUCGACUUUUUUGACCGCCAGUGGGUCUGUUAAGGAUAAGGACCAGUAUGGAACGUUUAUAGAGUUCGGAGGCAAGACAUAUUUGCUAGGAAUAAUGCCUAUGAGCUGGAGAGAAAACUGGAUGACUUGUUGCGCGAUCGGCAUGCAGCCAGUGAUUUUCGCAGAGUCAAAGGAAGUGACCGAUUUUACCGCCAACACACAGAACAAUCCAGAAGUGAAAUUCUGGACUGGUGGCUUCAAACACGAGCUUAAUAACAUGUGGUCAUGGUGCACAAAAGACAGUCCUGAGCCCAUCGACAACGACCUUAUGACAGACGUGAGCAGCAACGGAGAUAAUAACGACCUCAACUGCAUCAUCAUGACUGCUGGCGCUGGAAUAAGUACUACUUUGACCAAUGUUUUUUGCAACAUCACCCAGACCAAAGACUCGGAGCCGCUUAAUUUAGCGUGCGAAUCGAUCGAUAAAACAACCAAUGAUCUGGUGAUAGCAAAUCCUAAAUGUACUGCGAGAUGCAACAACAACCGCCAGUGCAAAAGAAAUGAAACUUUAUUCAAAUUCAAAUCGAGCGGCGAGCUGGUUUUAGAAAAGAGAUAUACUUAUGGCAGAUGGGUGUCUAAAUGUGGCAGAUAUUUUCUUUUUUCGAACGGAACAGCAACAUUUGACGAGGCCCGUCAAAAGUGUUGCGCACUUGGCAUGGAGCUGCUCUCCAUCAAAACUGCAGCCAAGCGCAAGUGUCUGGCCAAACUCACGAGAGACUACAAUGAUAUCUCUGGCGAGUUUUGGACAUCUGGCACGGACAUGGACUGCGAAGGCAAUUACCGCUGGUGUUCCGUGGACAGAGCGUUCCUCAAGCACGAGAUUAAUUGGGCCGCUGGAGAACCAAACAGCAACAGAGGGCAUUGCGUGACUACAAAAACAACCGGCCAAGCGACUUCGACUACUCUGCAGACAUCAGAGUGUACCGCAAAAAAGAGAUACAUUUGCGAAGUGCGUCAGUCUGGAACCACAGUUGAAGCUGUGCAGAAGGAGUGUAUUGCCCUUAUGGGUCUAAGCCCUCAGGAAGUUGAUGGUCUCAACAAUACAAAUAAUUACACCUACACGAUGAAGUGUUACUUGAAAUGCCUUGGAGACAAUUUAGGAAUGCUUAUAAAUGGAACACUGCAAGCAGGAAAUGUGAUGCGUCUUAUGGAAAAAUCUAACCAGCAAGCUGACAUGGACAAGGGUUACAAAGCAAUUGAUGAGUGCAAAGCCAAAUCAGAUCCCAAUGGUGAUGAGUGCCAGAGCGCGUACAACAUGUACAAGUGCGGGAAAGAAGAGGCACCUGUUGUGUUUGGCAAAAUGGUCGUGUACAAAGAAGUCACAUCUGAGGAUAACAAUUCUCCUAUUGAUUUUACAGCACCACGAACUUGUUACAACAACAUGAACUUGAAGUGCACGUUGAAUACUACAGUCAAAGCGUUAUUCGACAAGACUGGAGCGACCAAUGAAGGAGCAUCUCUGGCAAUCAAUUCUUCUACAACAUGGUACAAAUCCAAGAGUGGAAAUUACACCUUUGCUGCUGCAUAUAUCUAUUGCUGCGCCCUGGGCAUGCACCUACCUAAUGCCAGAACGUACGAUGAAUUCAAAACUAUUUACGACUUUAUGGAUGGAAAGAAUUUCGACAAUUUCUUUGAUGAGACAUACACGGAUCCGAACACGAACCAAGAAAAAUGGUGCACCAAUGAUGUUAUCCUCGAUGAACGCAUGUCUGAUAACAGCUUUAAAUUGGACAAAGAGAGCAGCUUUCUGAUGUCUCGACAGGGUGCCGUGUACUCGAUGUACAAACUGCGUUCUGUAUCGUACUCACUGAUGGACAGGACCACAGUUCCUUUCAUUUACUGCCAGCCUGGUGAAAUGUAAUCAAUUGAAAUAUAGGAAAUUUAUUGGUUUGUGUUUGAAUAAACAAUAAUUUGGGAAUGGUUUAA